UCACACACACACACACACACACACAGUGGCUGGUGGGCGUCACCGCAGUGCUCUUGCUGCAGAUAAUAACUUGUGAUAGUUGUGAUAGUUGUGAUAGUAGUGAUAGUAACACAGUAACACAGUAACAAAGCAGUAACCAUGUGCUCUGUCAUCAGCAGAGUGAAGCCGGUUCAGCGGGUUCUGGCUCUGGCUCGCACGCGCUCCCUCUGGACCCACAACGAGGGCUGGAGUUGCACAACAACCCGGAUCAGACGCCCGUGUGCCGGUCUACGCAGCAGCUUUGAACCGCUCCGAGCUUCCAGUAGACUGUACUGCUCCAGCAUGAACCAGGGACCGGUCUUCAGACAACUGUUUGAGCCGCAGAGCUGCACGUACACGUACGUGUUAGCGGACCCGCAGAGCAGAGAGGCUGUGAUCAUCGACCCUGUCCUGGACACGCUCGACAGAGACCUGAAACUCAUCCAUGAACUGGGACUCAGUGUGAAAGUGGCAGUAAACACCCACUGCCAUGCCGACCACAUCACAAGCUCUGGGCUGAUGAAGAAGAGACUGGUGGGUCUAAAAAGUGCCAUCUCAAAAAACAGUGGCGCUGCUGCAGACAUCCAGCUGUCGGAGGGAGACGAGAUCACGUUUGGAAAACAUAGUCUGACAGUGAGAGAGACUCCUGGACACACUGAUGGUUGUGUGAGCCUGGUGUUGAGUGACCACAGCAUGGCCUUCACUGGUGAUGCUCUUCUCAUCAGAGGCUGUGGCCGGACAGACUUCCAGCAGGGUUGUGCUACGAAACUUUACGAGUCCAUCCACCAGAAGAUCUUCACCCUGCCUGACCACUGCCUCAUUUACCCAGCACACGACUACUUAGGUCAGACAGUCUCUACAGUCGUUGAGGAGCGCAGGUUUAACCCACGCUUGUCCAAGAACCUGGAGGAGUUUGUGAACAUCAUGAAAAACCUGAACUUACCCAAGCCUAAAAACAUAGAUGUCGCAGUCCCUGCCAAUCUGGUGUGUGGAUUACAUUAAGUGUGACUGUCCUGCUGAAGCCUGGUGUCUAAUCCAAUCAUCUACAUUAUAACAAAGAGAUUAGGAGAUUUAAAUUUUCGUGAUUUCUUAUCUUUUAAGGGCUAGUGGAGGCUGACGACGCGUGGAUUGUGUAUAAUGUGUAUUUAUUAUCCACACACCACUUUAUGCCAUGAAAUUAGAGGAAGGAAACAUGGAACUGUAGACACAAGGUGUUUGAAAUCAAUCCAGUAACCUUUGACCCGUGCAUGUUCACAGAGGGAAUACUGUUGAAAUGAAGUGGCAUCAAUAAUCAUGGUCAGUCAGUAAAGUUUGUCUGUAAGUGUGACUUUUUUCAGGUGGAAAUCAGUAUUGAAAUAUUGUAUCGAC